AUGUGCAUCCUCUUUUGUUACGUUCAACGACAUGACGAAAAAUGUGACUUAGGCUAUGAAUUGAUUCUACUUUCGAAUCGUGAUGAAGAUUUUCAACGACCUACUAUUGCUGCUCAUGUAUGGCCGCAGACAAACUUUGUACUUGGAGGAAGAGAUCAAAUGGCAUCAUGUGAAGGUGGUACUUGGCUUUGUCUUCAUACCAAACAAGGAAAAAUUGGUGUGUUAACGAAUAUCUCCUCUGCUGUAAUGAGACAAAGAAAUCCCACAGCACUUCGUCGAGGUUUCAUUGUACCUAACUAUGUUAACAACUCCGAGAUGGAUCUUGAUACAUACAUGGAGCUACUACAAUCGAACAAAAGCAAUUAUAUACCUUUCAGUUUUCUUGGAUUCGAACGAGACCCGAAGUUCAAUGAGUGGCGAGUACAAUAUAUAGAUAAUGUUCCACCGUUGUCUCCUCCAAUGACGAUUCAAUCAUCGCUCUUCGGCUUAAGUAAUCAUCCAUUUGGGGAACAACAUGAAUUUGAAAAAACCCGUUAUGGAUGCCAAUUAUUGAAAACUAUACUUGCCGAUUUAUCCGAUAAUCAUACAAGACCAAUCAUCGAUGAGAAGGAACUUAUUCGACGCAUGUUCGAUUUGUUAAGUGAUAAUACAAUCUUCUGGAAUGAUGUUAACAUGACCAAUGCUUAUCCUCAAUAUACAUCGGAUCGUCGUAAUCAAAAUUCAUCAAUUCAUGUCCGCGAGCCAAAUAAAGAAAAGCCCGUCUAUGGCACGAGAACAUCGACAGUUAUUCUUGUUCGCCGAAAUCAAUCCGGACUCUUUAUCGAGAAGACCCUGACAGAUCCACCUGGGAAUCCGAAUGGAUGGAGCGAGCAAAUAUUCGAGUUUCAAUUGGACAAUAUCAAUGAAGAACCUGUGUUGAAAUCUUUUUUAUCGUAA